AUGGUGUCCGGCCGGCAGCUGCAACCAGAGGAACACGAUGCAGAAACGGAAGAGGACCACUCUGUGACGGAAGGGCCCCUGGAUGAGAUCAUUCGGCCACGGCCUCAGGGAUCCUCUCCUGUCUAUGAAUGCGCGACGGAAGCAUUUGGACUCCCGGAAGACGCGCCCGGCAGGAGAGUCUCCUCAGGGAGACGGAGAUCGUGGUGGAAGAGAGAUUCGGGGGACACGCGCACUUUCUCCAGGAUGAGUCGCCCCGAGGUGGGUCAGGGAGGCGGGCCCACAGAGGUGACGCUGAAGACUGAGGUGGAGGUUGGAGCCAGCGGCUACAGUGUCACUGGUGGUGGGGACCAGGGGAUCUUUGUCAAGCAAGUGCUGAAGGAGUCCUCGGCUGCUAAGCUCUUCAGCUUGAGAGAAGGGGACCAGCUGCUCAGCGCGACCAUAUUCUUUGAUGACAUUAAAUAUGAAGAUGCUCUCAAAAUCCUUCAGUAUUCAGAACCCUAUAAAGUUCAGUUCAGAGUCAAACGGAGACUCCCUGACCGAGAGGAUGACAAGGGGGCCCACAGCGGUACCCAGCUCAGCCCAAAGGGCCCCGAGAAGCAGGACAAAGAGGUCACCGACAGGCGCUCAGAGAGCCCCACAAAGACACUGGAAGGAGGCGGAGACCAAGACAGGCUCCUCCCUAAGGCCAGGGAGGGGCGUGGCCGGAAACCCCAGAAGGAGAGGCUGUCUUGGCCCAAGUUCCAAGCAAUCCGGCCCAAAUACAGGCCCGGGCCCCGGAGGUCACACAGCUCCUCAGAGGCUUAUGAUCGGGCUGCCCCUGAUGUGUCCCCCACCAGCACAGACACGGAGGUCCAGCUGCCGGCAGAAGAGCAGGAACUUCAGAGCGGCCAGCGCAGAAGGCGAUUCCUGAGUCUGCGGUUCCGGACAGGAUCAGGGCGUCCAGGCAAAGAGGCCCAGGGCAGGCCAGUUCCCAGGGUCAAGGAGGAGGCGGAGUUCUGGAGCACAGGGGUCUCUCUGAGCAAGGAGGCCCCCGGCUUUGAGGAUAAGGUGCCAGGGCCUGCCACCAGACGCAAAAAGAAGAUCAAGGAGGCCAAGGUGCAGGGGGAAUUGGCCUGGAAGAGGGGUCCCCAGGACAGCCUUGCCCCUGAGCAGGCCUUGGAGGACAAUGGGGAUGCCGUGCGGGGCCUGGAAAUCGGAAUUGCCAAGUUGUCUUUGCAAGACACCACUCCGUCCAGUGACACGCAGAGUGACCUGCCAGAAAUCCGGGUCCGCAUCCCCCACCUGAAGACCCCCUGCUUUGGAGUCUCCAAACAGAAAGUGCUGGACACAGACACGGGCAUCUCUGAACCCCAGUUGGAGCAGUGGCCAGGAAUGCCCUCUGGAGUGGGGCCAGGACUCAGGGUAGAAUUAGAGGGAGGGGCCAGAGCACCCCAGGAAGACCUGCCAGGGCAUGGGGACCAGCAAACAUAUGAACAGACAGUAGGACAAUCUGGGGACAAAGUCAGGGCCGAGGAGAAAGAGGCGGAAGGCAGCGAAGGAAAGCUAAAAAUGCCCAAGUUCAAAAUGCCAUCAUUUGGAUGGUCACCCAGCAAGGAGUCAAAGACACCUGAGACAAAACAGUCACAGGAGACCAGAGGUGACCAGGUGAUAGCUGGGACAGCCAGGUUACCAGCAAGAGCCAACAGAACGGAAACAGAGCAGGAGCAUUAUGAUCAAGAAAAAAGAACAGACAUCAAGUUACCAGGCACGAGCCUGGAAGAGGACAUGUCCCUGGCAGACAAAGGUGUGGUCACCAGAGAUAGCAAGUUCAAAAUGCCUGGGUUCAAGAUGCCGUCCUUUGGGGUAAUCCUUACCAGCAAAGAAGUGACACCUUCUGUGGAUGAGUCCUUGCCCAGGGUCGGUGUAGAAAUAAACCUGCCCACUGUGGAAGGAAACGCUGACAUCACAGAGAUAAAGGCAAACAUGCCAUCAAGGGAAGUAGCUUUGAAGACAAGAACCAUCAGCAUGAAAAUACCAGAGAGUGAAGUGUCAGCGGAAAAGGCAACCAUCCAAUUAGAAAGAGGAGGGCUAAAAGAGGAGGUGCCCAAGGUCCAGAUGGCUGACAUCCAGAAACCAAAGGUGGACCUAAAAGGCAACAAGAUGGACGUCAGCUUCCCUGAUGUGGAUGUGUCACUGCCCAAAGUCUCAGUAGAUGUUUCGGUUCCCAGGCUCUCUGUGGACGAGGUGAAGCUGGAGGGAGACGUCAAGCUAAGAGACAAGGACAUCAAGACCAAGGACAGCAAGUUCAAAAUGCCCUCCUUCAAGAUGCCAUCAUUUGGCGUCUCUGUGCCAAGCAAGUCCAGAGACGGUUCAGUGGACGUGUCUCUGUCCGAGGCACAGGUGGAUGUGUUUUUGCCCUCUGUUGAGGAUGAAGUCAAGACCAGCGAUGUCAAUAUUCAACUCCCAUUAGCCACCAUAGAUGCAAAGGGUGGUGAGGUGGAUGUGAAGAUCCCUGAGGGCCAGCUGCCUGAAGGAGAGUUCCUGGGACAGGCUGUGGGAACGGGACUCAAAGGUCACCUGCCCAAGUUCCAGAAGCCCAGCGUCAAGAUGCCCAAAGUGGACUUCAAAGCCCCCCAUAUGGACAUCAAGGGACCCAAAGUGGACAUGAAAGGCCUCAAGGGGGAGGUGGCCACCCCAGAUAUGGAGGUGCCACUGCCCAGUGUAGAGGUGGAUAUCCAAGCACUGGGUGCUAAGUUGGAGGGUGACUUGUCCCUGGGAGACAAGGACUUGGCCACCAAGGACAGCAAGUUCAAGAUGCCCAAGUUUAAGAUGCCAUCCUUCGGGGUGUCCACUCCGAGAAAGGACUUGGGAACCUCUGUGGACUUGCCCAAAGUGGAUGCAGAAGUGUCCCUGUCCUCCAUGGGAGUAGAGCUUGAACCUGCUGAGGGUAGCAUCCUAGUUCCAUCUGCUGACAUCUCCCUACCUGGAACUGAGCUGGACACAGGAGAGCUGAAAGGAAAGGGUGAUGGUGUUAGGAUCAAAGGGCACCUGCCUAAAGUCCAGAUGCCCAGCAUCAAGAUGCCCAAGGUGGAUCUGAAAGGCUCCAAGGUAGACACCAACCUCCCUCAUGUGGAUGUGUCACUUCCCAAGGAUUCAGUGGAAUCCCAGGCUACCAGGCUCUCUGUGGAAGGGGUGAAGCUGGAGGGAGACCUCAAGCUAGGAGACAAAGAUGUCAAGACCAAGGACAGCAAGUUCAAAAUGCCCUCCUUCAAGAUGCCAUCCUUUGGUGUUUCAGUGCCAAGCAAGUCCAUUGACGCUUCAGUGGAUAUGUGUCUGCCAGAGGUGCAGGUGCCCUCUGUCGUGGGAGAAGUCAAGACCAACACCUUCAGAAUUCAGCAUGAUUCGGCCAACAUAGACCUGAAGAGUGGCGAGGUGGGGGAGAAGCUCCCUGAGGGAGAACUGGCAGGAGAGGUCAUGGGAGUGAGACUCAAAGAGAACCUGCCCAAGGUCCAGAUGCCCAAAGUAGAUUUCAAGGGCCCUAAAGUGGACUUGAAGGGCUCCAAAGUGGAUGUGAAGGACCUCAAGGGUGAGGUGGCCAUCCCAGACAUGGAAAUGUCUCUGUCUAGUGUGGAGGUGGACAUCCAGGCAACAGGUACCAAGGUAGAGAAUGACGUGUGCCUGGGAGACAAAGAUUUAGCCACCAAGGACAGCAAGUUCAAGAUGCCCAAGUUCCAGAUGCCCAGUGUCAAGAUGCCUAAAGUGGAUUUAAAGACCUCCCAGGUGGACAUCAAGGGCCCCAAAUUGGACUUGAAGGGUCUGGAAGUGGAUGUGAAGGGCCUCAAGGGGGAGAUGGCUACUCCAGAUGUAGAAGUAUCUCUGCCCAGCAAGGGAAUGGACAUCCAGGUGCCAGGUACCAAAUUAGAGAGCGAUGUGUUGCUGGGAAAUAAGGAUUUGGCCACUAAAGACAGCAAGUUCAAAAUGUCAUCCUUCGGGGUGUCGACUCCAAGCAAGGACUUGGGAACCUCCGUGGACUUGCCUAAAGUGAGAGUAGAUGAACCCACUGAGGGUAGCAUCCCAGUUCCAUCUGCUGACAUCUCUCUACCUGAGGCCAAGCUGGAUGCAUCUCCCCCAGAGGUGGAACUGUCCACAGGAGAGCUGAAGGACAAAGAUGAAGGCAUUAGGAACAAAGGACACUUGCCCAAGGUCCAGAUGCCUGGUAUCAAGAUGUCCAAGGUGGACCUGAAAGGCCCCAAGGUGGAUGCCAGCCUCCCCGAUGUAGAAGUGUCCCUUCCCAAGGUCUCCAUGGAUGCUCCAACUCCUGAGUUUUCUGUGGAAGGGGGGAAGCUGGAGGGAGACCUCAAGCUAAGAGACAAGGACGUCAAGACCAAGGACAGCAAGUUCAAAAUGCCCUCUUUCAAGAUGCCAUCCUUUGGCGUUUCCAUGCCAAGCAAGUCUAUCAAGAGUUCGGUGGACCUGUCUCUGCCAGAGGCACAAGUGGACAUGUCUGUGCCCUCUGUCAAGGGAGGAGUUAAGACCAGUGACACCAGCAUUCAGCUCCCAUCGACUAAGGUGGAUGUGAAGGCUGGCGAGGUGGGCGUGAAGCUCCCCGAGGACCAGUUGUCCAAGGAAGAGCUUAAGGAACAGGCUGUGGGAACUGGACUCAAAGGUCACUUGCCCAAGUUUCAGAUGCCCAGUGUCAAGAUGCCUAAAGUGGACUUUAAGACCCACCAGACAGACAUCAAGGAACCCAAAGUGGACUUAAAGGUCCCUAAAGUGGACGUGACGGUCCACAAAGGGGAAGUGGCCAUCUCAGAUGUGGAGUUGUCUCUGCCCAGCGUGGAGGUGGACACCCAGGUGCCGGGCACCAAGUUGGAGAGGGUGAAGUUGGAGGGAGAUGUUAACCUAGGAGACAAGGAUGUCAAGACCAAGGACAGCAAAUUCAAAACUUCCUCCUUCAAGAUACCAUCAUUUGGCAUGUCCACAUCAAGUAAGUCCAUCAAGGGAUCAAUGGAUGUGUCUUUGCCAGAGGCACAGUUGGAUGUGUCCCUGCCCUCUGUCGAGGGAGAUGUAAAGACUGGUGUCCUCAAUAUUCAGCUCCCAUCAGCUGAUGUGGACAUAGAGGGUGGUGAGGUGGGCAUGAAGCUUCCCGAUGAUAUACUGCCUGAGGAAAAGCUGGCGGAACAGUCCAUGGGAGCAGGACUCACAGGUCACCUGCCCAAGAUCCAGAUGUCCCAUGUCAAAAUGCCAACAGUUGAUUUCAAGACCCCCCAAAUGGACAUCAAGGGCACCAAAGUGGACAUCCAGGGCCUCAAAGGGGAGGUGGCCACCCCAGAUGUGGAAGUGUCUCUGCACAGCAUGGAUGUGGACAUCCAUGUACCAGGCACCAAGGUGGAAGGAGACGUGUCCCUGGGAGAAAAGGACUUGGCUGUAAAGGGCAGCAGGUUUAAAAUGCUCUCCUUCAAGAUGCCAUCCUUUGGAGUGUUAGAGGCAAGUAAGUCCACGGAGGGUUUUCUGGAUGUGUCUCUACCAGAGCCACAGUUGGAUGUGUCCCUGUCCUCAAUUGAGGGAGGAGUCAAGACUGACGACCUCAGCAUUCAGCUCCCAUCGGCUGAUGUGGACAUAAAGGGUGGUAAGGUGGGCAUGGUGCUCCCAGAGGGCCAGUUGUCCAAGGAAGAGAUUGCCGGACAGGUCACAGGAGCUGGAUUCAAAGGUUACUUGCCCACAUUCCAGAAGCCCAAGGUGGAUUUCAAGAUCCCCCAGGUGGACAUCAAGGGCCCCAAAGUGGACAGGAAAGCUCUCAAGGGGGAGACGGCCAGUUCAAAUGUGGAGGUAUCUCUGCCCAGCAUGAGUGUAGACAUCCAGAGACCAGGUGCUAAGUUGGAGGGUGACAUGACGCUGGAAGAGCAGGACUUGACCACCAAAGACAGCAAAUUCAAGAUGCCCAAGUUCAAGAUGCCAUCCUUUGGGGUGUCCACUCCAAGCAAGGACUUGGGAACCUCAGUGGACUUGCCUAAAGUGAGUGUGGAGGCAUCCCUGUCUUCCAUGGCAGCAGAGCUCCCACCCACUGAAGGCAGCAUCCCAGUUCCAUCUGCUGACAUCUCCCUACCUGGGGCUGAACUGGACUUGUCCCUCCCAGAGGUGGAGCUGGCUGCAGGAGAGCUGAAGGGCAAGAGCGAAGGCAUCAGGAUCAAAGGUCACCUGCCGAAGGUCCAGAUGCCCAGCAUCAAAAUGCCCAAAGUGGACCUCAAGGGUCCCAAGGUGGAUGCCAGCCUCCCUGAUAUGGACAUGUCACUGCCUAAGGUCUCUGUGGAAACUCUGGCUUCUGGGCUCUCUGUGGAAGGGGUGAAGCUGGAGGGAGACAUCAAACAAGGAGACAAGGACAAGACCCAUGACAGCAAGUUCAAAAUGCCCUCCUUCAAGAUGCCAUCCUUUGGCAUUUCUGCACCAAGCAAGUCCAUCAAGGGUUCAAUGGAUGUGUCAUUGCCACAGGCACAGAUGGACUUGUCUCUGCCCUCUGUCGAGGGAGAAGUCAUGACCAGUGACCUCAGCAUUAAGCUUCCAUCGGCUGACAUGGACAUGAAGGGUGGUGAGUUGGACGUGAAGCUCCCUGGGGGUCAGCUGACUGAGGAAGAGCUGGCAGAACAGGCCGUGGAGGUGGGACUCAAAGGUAACUUACCUAAGUUCCAAAUGUCCAGCGUCAAACUGCCCAAAAUGGAUUUCAAGACCCCCCAGGUAGACAUCAAGGUCCCCAAAGUAAAUAUGAAGGGUCUCAAGGGGGAGGUUGCCGCCCCAGAUGUGAAUGUGUCUCUGUCCAGUGUGGAUGUGGACAUCCAGGCACCAGGCACCAAGAUGGAGGGUGACAUGUCCCUAGGAGACAAGGACUUGGCCACCAAGGACAGCAAGUUCAAGAUACCAUCCUUCGGGGUGUCAUCUCUGAGUAAGGACUUGGGAGCCUCCAUGCCCAAAUUGUGUCCAGAAGCCUCUGAGUCCUCUGUAGGAGGAGAUCUCCCACCCUCUGAGGGCAGUAUCCCACUUCCAUCUGCUGACACCUCCCUCUCCCUACCUGGUACUGACCUGGAUGUGUCCCUCCCAGAGGUGAAGCUGGCUGCAAGUGAGUUGAAGGACAAGGGUGAAGGUGUUGGCAUCAAAGGUUACCUGCCCAGGGUCCAGAUGCCCGGCAUCAAGAUGCCCAAGGUGGAUCUGAAGGACCCCAAGGUGGAUGCCAGCGUAACCAAUGUGGACAUGUCACUACCUAAGGGCUCAGUGGACGUCCUGGUUUCCAAGCUGUCUGUGGAAGAGGUGAAGUUGGAGGAAGAUGUCAAGCUGGGAGACAAGGACAUCAAGACCAAGGACAGCAAAUUCAAAAUGCCCUCCUUCAAGAUGCCAUCGUUUGGUGUGUCUGAGCCUAGCAAGUCAAUCAAGGGCUCGGUGGAUGUGUCUCUGCCAGAGACACAUGUGGACAUGUCUCCGCCCUCUGUAGAGGAAAAAGUCAGGACUGGUGACCUUAGAAUUCAGCUUCCAUCAGCCAACAUGGACAUGGAAGGUGGCGAGUUGAGCGUGAGGCUCCCUGAGGGCCAGCUGCCUAAGGAAGAGCAGUCAGAACAGGCCAUGGGAGAGGAACUCAAAGGUCACCAGUCCAAGUUCCAGAUGCCCAGCGUCAAAAUACCCAAAGUGGACAUCAAGUUCCCCAAAGUGGACAUAAAAGACCCCAAGGGGGAAGUGGUCACUUCAGAUGUGGAAAUGUCUCUGCCCAGGGGGGAUGUGGACAUCCAGGUUCUGGGCACCAAGUUGGAAGGUGACUUAUCCCUAGAAGAGAAAUGCUUGGAUACCAAGGACAGCAAGUUCAAGAGGCCAUCCUUUGGGGUGUCCACUCCGAGCAAGGACUUGGAAACCUCCAUGCAUUUUCCCAAAGUGGAUUCAAAAGCCUCUGAAUCAUCUGUGGGAAUGGUGCUAGCACCAUCCAAGACUAGCAUCACCCUACAUGCGACUGAUCCGGACAUGUCCCUCCCAGAGGUGCAGCUGGCUGCAGGAGGGCUGAAGGGCAAGGAUGAAGGCAUCAGGAUCACAGGACGCCUGCCCAAGGUUCAAAUGCCCAGCAUCAAGAUGCCUAAAGUAGACGUCAAGGCACCUGAGGUGGAUAUAAAAGGCUCCAAAGUAGAUGUAAAGGGCCUCAAGGGGGAAGUGGCCACCCCAGAUGUGGAGGUAUCUCUGCCCAGCAUGGAGAUGGACAUUCAGGUACCAGGUGCCAAAUUGGAGGGCGACAUGUCCCAGGAAGACAAAGACUUGGCCAUCAAGGACAGCAAAUUCAAAAUGCCCAAGUUCAAGAUGCCAUCCUUUGGGUUGUCUGCUCCAAGCAAAGACUUGGGAAACUCCAUGGACUUAACCAAUGUGGGAGUGGAUGCGGCCCUGCCAUCCGUGGGAGGAGAGCUCACACCCACAGAGGCUAGCAUCCGAGUUCCAUCUGCUGACAUCACUCUACCUGGGGCUGAGCUGGCGGUGUCCCUCCCCAAAGUGGAGCAGUCCUCAGGAGAGCUGAAGGUCAAGGACGAAGAUGUCAAGAUCAAAGGGCACCUGCCCAAGGACAGCAAGUUCAAGAUGCCCAAGCUCAAGAUGCCAUCCUUUGGGGUGUCCACUCCGAGCAAGGACUUGGGAACCUCUGUGAACUUGCCUACAGUGAGUAUGGAGGCUUCCUUGUCCUCCGGAGAAGAAGAGCUCACACCCACUGAAGCAAACAUCCCACUUCCAUCUGCUGACGUCUCCCUACCCGGGGCCGAUCCGGACAUGUCCCUCCCAGAGGUGGAGCUGGCCACAGGAGAACUGAAGGGCAAGGGCAAAGGCAUCACGAUCAAAGGACACCUGCCCAAGGUCCAGAUGCCUGGGAUCAAGAUGCCCAAAGUGGACAAGAAGGGCCCCAAGGUGGACACCAGUCUGCCUGGUGUGGAUGUGUCACUGCCCAAGGUCUCAAUGGAUGCACCAACCCAUGGGAUCUCCAUGGAAGGGGUGAAGCUGGAGGAGGUCAGGCUGGAAGGAAAAGAUGUCAAGACCAAGGAUGGUAAGUUCAAAGUACCCUCCUUUAAGAUGCCAUCCUUAGGCGUGUCCUCGCCAAGCAAGUCCAUCAAGGGUUCGGUGGAUGUGUCUCUGCCAGAAGCACAGAUGGACGUGUCGUUGCCCUCCAUUGAGGGAGGAGUCAAGACUGGGGACAUCAACAUUCAACUCCCAUCUGCUGAUGGGGAUGGAAAGAGUGCGAAAGUGGGCCUGAAGAUCCCCAAGGGCCAGCUGUCUGAGGAAGGGCUUGUAGGACAAGCUCUGGAGGCUGAACACAAAAGUCACUUGCCAAAGUCCCACAUACCCCAUGUCAAGAUGCCUAAAGUGGAUUUCAAGACCCCCCAGGUGGACAUUAAGGGCCUCAAAGUGGAUGCAAAGGAGCCCGGUAGGGAAGUGGAUACUCCAGAUGUGGAAGUAUCUCUGCCCAGUGUGGAGGUGGUCGAGGGCGAUGUGCUCCUCGGUGACAAGGACUUUGCUGCCAAAGACAGCAAGUUCAAGAUGCCCAAGUUCAAGAUGCCAUCCUUCGGCGUGUCGGCUCCAAGCAAGGACUUGGUUACCUCCAUGGACUUGCCCAAAGAUGAUGUGCAGGCCUCCUUGCCCUCUGUAGGAGUAGAGCUCACACCAGCUGGAGUUUCUUCUGCUGACAGCAUCUCCCUACCUGGGGCCGAGCUGGACAUAUCCCUCCCAGAAUUAGAACUCACUGUAGGAGAAUUGAAGGGCAAGGACGAAGGCAUCAAGAUUAAAGGACACCUGCCCAAGGUUCAGAUGCCCAGUAUCAAGAUGCCCAAGGUGGGCGUGAGGGGACCUAGGGUGGAUGCCAGCAUCCCUGAUGUGGACGUGUCAUUGCCCAAGGUCUCGGUGGAUGCUUCAGUUCCCGGGCUCUCUGUGGACGAGGUGAAGUUGGAGGGAGACACCAAGCUAGGAGACAAGGACAUCAAGAUCAAGGACAGCAAGUUCAAAAUGCCUUCCUUCAAGAUGCCCUCAUUUGGCGUGUCUGUGCCAACCCAUGGGAUCUCCAUGGAAGGGGUGAAGCUGGAGGAGGAUGUCAGGCUGGAAGGAAAAGAUGUCAAGACCAAGGAUGGUAAGUUCAAAGUACCCUCCUUUAAGAUGCCAUCCUUUGGCAUGUCCUCGUCAAGCAAGUCCAUCAAUGGUUCGGUGGAUGUGUCUCUGCCAGAAGCACAGAUGGACGUGUCGUUGCCCUCCAUCGAGGGAGGAGUCAAGACUGGAGACAAGAUUCCUAAAGUAGACAUCAAGGCCCCCCAGGUGGACAUCAAGGGCCCUGAAGUGGACCUGAAGGGCUCCAAACUAGAUGUAAAGGGCCUCAAAGGGGACGUGGCCACCCCAGAUGAUGAGGUAUCUCUGCCCAGCGUGGAAGUGGACAUUCAGGUAUCAGGUGCCAAAUUGGAGGGUGAUAUGUCCCUGGGAGACAAGGACUUAGCCACCAAGGACAGCAAGUUCAAGAUGCCCAAGUUCAAGAUGCCAUCCUUCAGUGUGUCGGCUCCAAGCAAGGACCUGGUUACCUCCAUGGACUUGCCCAAAGAGGGAGUGGAGGCCUCCUUGCCCUCUGUAGGAGUAGAGCUCACACCUGCUAGAGUUUCUUCUGCUGACAUCUCCCUACCUGGGGCCGAGCUGGACAUGUCCCUCCCAGAAUUAGAGCUCACUGUAGGAGAACUGAAAGGCAAGGACAAAGGCAUCAAGAUCAAAGAGCACCUGCCCAAAGUUCAGAUGCCCAAGUUGGGCGUGAGGGGACCUAAGGUGGAUGCCAGCCUCCCCGAUGUGGACGUGUCAUUGCCCAAGGUCACAAUGGACACUUCAGUUCCCGGGCUCUCUGUGGACGAGAUGAACAAAUUCAAAAUGCCCAAGUUCAAGAUGCCAUCCUUUGGGUUGUCUGCUCCAAGCAAAGACUUGGGAACCUCCAUGGACUUACCCAAUGUGGGUGUGGAUGCAUCCCUGCCCUCCGUGGGAGGAGAGCUCACACCCACAGAGGCUAGCAUCCGAGUUCCAUCUGCUGACAUCACUCUACCUGGGGCUGAGCUGGCGGUGUCCCUCCCCAAAGUGGAGCAGUCCUCAGGAGAGCUGAAGGUCAAGGACGAAGAUGUCAAGAUCAAAGGGCACCUGCCCAAGGUGCAGAUGCCUGGUGUCAAGAUGGCCAAAGUGGACUUGAAGACACCCCAGAUGGACAACAAAGACACUAAACUGGACAUGAAAUGUCUCCAGGGGGAGGGGACCACCCCGGAUAUGGAGAUGUCUCUACCCAGUGUGGAGGUAGACAUCCAGGUGCCAGGUGCCAAGGUGGAGUGUGACAUGUCCCUGGGAGACAAGGACUUGGACACCAAGGACAGCAAGUUCAAGAUGCCCAAGCUCAAGAUGCCAUCCUUUGGGGUGUCCACUCCGAGCAAGGACUUGGGAACCUCUGUGAACUUGCCUACAGUGAGUAUGGAGGCUUCCUUGUCCUCCGUGGAAGUAGAGCUCACACCCACUGAAGGAAGCGUCCCAGUCCAGAUGCCUGGGAUCAAGAUGCCCAAAGUGGACCUGAAGGGCCCCAAGGUGGACACCAGUCUGCCUGGUGUGGAUGUGUCACUGCCCAAGGUCUCAAUGAAUGAACCAGCCCAUGGGAUCUCCAUGGAAGGGGUGAAGCUGGAGGAGGAUGUCAGGCUGGAAGGAAAAGAUGUCAAGACCAAGGAUGGUAAGUUCAAAAUGCCCUCCUUUAAGAUGCCAUCCUUUGGCAGGUCCUCGCCAAGCAAGUCCAUCAGUGGUUCGGUGGAUGUGUCUCUGCCAGAAGCACAGAUGGACGUGUCUUUGCCCUCCAUUGGGGGAGGAGUCAAGACUGGAGAUAAGAUUCCUAAAGUAGACAUCAAGGCCCCCCAGGUGGACAUCAAGGGCCCCAAAGUGGACCUGAAGGGCUCCAAACUAGAUGUAAAGGGCCUCAAAGGGGAAGUGGCCACCCCAGAUGUUGAAGUAUCUCUGCCCAGCAUGGAGGUGGACAUUCAGGUAUCAGGUGCCAAAUUGCAGGGCGACAUGUCCCUGGGAGACAAGGACUUAGCCACCAAGGACAGCAAGUUCAAGAUGCCCAAGUUCAAGAUGCCAUCCUUUGGGCUCACACCCACAGAGGCUAGCAUCCGAGUUCCAUCUGCUGACAUCACUCUACCUGGGGCUGAGCUGGCUGUGUCCCUUCCAGAGGUGGAGACGUCUGGUGGAGAACUGACGGGGAAUGUCAAAGACCUCACAAUGAAAGGCCAUCUCCCCAAAUUCCAGAUGUCCGGCACUAAGAUGCCCAAGUUGGACUUGAAGUUCCCCCAGGGGGACAUUGAUGGCUCUCAAAUGGAGGAGAAUAGUCUCAAGGGGGAUGUGGUCUUCUCUGGUUGUGAUGUACCAUUGCCCAGUACGGAUAUAGACAUACAGCAGCUGGAUUGUAAAGCAGAGGGUGACGUGUCCCUGGGAGACAAAGAUGUGGCUCUCAAGGACAGCCAAUUUCGAAUGCCACGUCUCAGCAAGCUUUCAUUCACCAAGUCUAGCCGGGUCUCCACCCCAUCCUCUCAGAUUGAAGGAAGUGUCAAAGGUCCCGAGUCGGUAGUCUCCACUGCCACUGGGGACACUGACCUCCUAGCCAGUGGUCCUGACUUUCCUGACCCCUGUGUGGACAUCUCCGUAGCUUUGCCCGCUGAUAAAGAUGGAGAGAAGAGCAGAGCGAGAGAAUCCCACUUUAAGAUGCCCAAAGUCUUCUGUCCCUCCAUGAAGACCUCUACAGGCCACGUGGCUCUUUUUCAGGAUUCUGGAGAACCUGUUUCUUUGCAUGUCGCUGCUGCCUCCCCAGACAUCACAGCCGGUUUGUCCCAAGGGGAGAUUGUAGCCAGUGACGUUCAGUCCCCGUUGGUCCCCAAAGUGGGCUUGCCUGAUGUUCAAUCCACCAAGGUUUAUCUUCGUGCUCUGCUUUCAGGGUCCUCCAUGUCCAGUCCCAGUGACGGUGUGACCCUAACAAAGCACCAGGCACCGCUCCCUGUGGACACUAUGUGCGCAGGGACAGUUCCUGUGUCGGCCCCUGAUGUACCCCUCCGCAGCCAGGACAACUCAGCGCCCCAGAUGGAAACUCCCCUAGACCCUGUGGGCUCUCUGUCUCCUACCACCUACAGAAGGGUGACUUUUCCUAAAUUCCAUAAACCAAGAUUUGUGUUUUCAGUGGAGACCACAAGCGUUCCUGAGGACAGGGGCCUUGUAGCUGAAGAACUCGAGAGCCCCCCACCACCCAACACGACUCUGCCACCGGCAGAAAGCCCCGCCGCCACGGGGCUGGAGGACCAACCUGGGCCUGGUGCCACAGCAGCCAUGGGGCUAGGGGAAGCCACCCCUGACGACAGUGAGCGUGAGGGCAAGGGGAGUCCCUUCAGAAUGCCCCGGUUCAAGCUUCCGUCCCUCAGCAGGUCUCCCAAGAAGGGGGCGGGGCCACAAGCAGACUUAGAGAGCAGCUCUGCGCAUGCGGAACUCAGUCUGGGUUCCGACGGUGGUCAGUUUGGUGCCCAGACUGGGGUGCACACGCCACAGGUGGAAGCAGAUGCGGAUGUGACCCCCGAGAAAGAUGGUGCCAAGGGGAGGAUGAGGAAGUCUAGCUUUGCCAUGCCGAAACUUUCAUUCUCCAAAGGGAAGGGCUCGAAGGGCGGGUCCGACCAACCUCAGACAGAUGCCCAGCCUUCGCUUUCAGGUACCCCAGAAGCCCUGGGGAAGACCAGUGGGGGUGGGGGAACUGCUGGCAGGGCCCUUGACGGUCUCUCCGAGCCCCAGGUACAGGUGAGACCGUCAGAACAUGACCUGGCUCUCAGGGAGAGCGGAGCAGGCCACGGACCCGUGGAUAGCCCAGCACACCCACCCCACAGGGACGGCACGGCCCCUCCCACGGUAGAGGUGCUCUCGCCAGCUGGGGCACCACUGGGCACUGACACCCACAGAGUUGAGAGCCACGAGGGAGAUGCUCAGGUGCCCAAGGAGACAGUAGGCUCACAGGAAGGCUGGUUUAGGGUGCCCAAGUUCCGCAUGCCCGGCUUCUGGCGAGCGUCCACCAAGGAAAAGGGUGGGUCAACAGCACAGGUAACUCAGGGCCCCCGACCCCAAGGCGCAGGGGAGGCAGCCGGAACCCUGACUCAGGAAGCCCAUGUCCAGGAGUGGAGGACACUGGAGGCAGCUGUGUCCCCGCAGCCCACAGAGGCCAAGGCAGAUGGAUCGACCUUGGAGACUGAGUCCUAUGCAGAUGUCCUGAAGCGUAACAUCCCAGACCCAGGCUUGAAGCUGUCCUCCCCGGCAGCCAGAACAACCACGACAGAUCGUCCUAGUGAAGGGUCCCUUCCACUCCGGAUGCCCUCUGAGAGACCACCCGAGGGUCAGGCACCUCAAAGGGAAACAGAUGAGACUAGCCCUCCUGGACCCGGAGCCCGAGGUCCCCCCAGCGUGGAGGGACAAGCUGAAGUACCUCUGAAACUGAAGACUUUACUGACUCAGAUGCCAGCCCAGGUUUCUCUGGUCCAGAUGGACCGGGUCUGGGAGGAUUCUGUGGUCACUGUCACGUUCCCCAAGUUGAAGGUACCUCGGUUUACCAUCCGUGCCCCCAGCAGAGAUGUCGACAUCUUUGUUCCCUCCGUGAGAGAGGAGCCAUGUCCGAGGAUGGGCACUGAGGCGACCUUGCAUGGGGAAAGUCCUGGAGCGUGGGUGGCCAGCAUCCUGAAGACUGGCGCUGGGAUUCCCUCAGAGCAGCCUGAAGGUACAGUAUCACCUAUCUCCAAGGUGAGAGUUCACAUUCAGGGUGUCCAUGUAGAAACCCAAGCAGUCACCAUAAGCAGUGAGGUCACACCAGGAUCCACCGAGCCCCCUGCACCCGAGGCCUUUUCCACUCAGAUUGUACGAGAAUCCCGGGUCCCCGCAUCUGAUAUCCAGACACCGUCCUAUGGGUUUUCUUUGCUGAAGGUGAAAGUUCCAGAACCCCACACAGAGUCCACUCCCAGCUCUCAGGAGGGUGAGGGCUCAGGCGAGGCCCCCCAGCAGGUCGCCCCAGGAACAGACCCUGUUUCUGCAGACCUGCAGCCCGACACGGAAGAACCAUUUGAGAUCAUCUCCUCGAGUGUCAGCAUGCUGAGACCCCAAGCGUCCCAGUCCAAAGCUCACGGUGACCUUCAGUACGCUGACAGCUAUUCCGAUGAGGAGCCAGCGGAAAUUCUGGAGUUCCCUUCUGAGGACAGCCAAGAGGUGACUGCCCUGCCCACAGAUGAAGACAGGAAUCAAAAGGAGAAGUCAGCAAGUAAAAAACCUGGUCUAUUCCGGUUUUGGCUCCCAAACAUUGGGUUUUCUUCUGCUGUUGAGGAGCCAAGUUCUGAUCCCAAAGAUGAUGCCCAAGAGUCUGUUCCCAUUCAAACUCAGCCCGAGGCCCCGUCAGAGACAGAACUGCCUAAAAAACAGGAGAAAGCUGGCUGGUUCCGAUUUCCCAAAUUAGGUUUCUCCUCGUCUCCUGCCAAGAAGAGGGAAAGCAUGGAAGUUGAAACCCAGCCCACAGAGCAAGAAGAAGCUGCCAUCUUUUUUGACGCACGUGAAAGUCUGUCUCCUGAAGACAAGGAAGAGGGCGAGCCGGCAGACGGGCAGGGCUCCAGAGGGAAGACGGCCCCAGCAGAGAGAACCGAGGCGAUGCAGCUGGAGAAACAAGUCAGCGGAGAGUCUACUCCCAGACCCGCCACCAAGUGA